UGCUGCUAUUAAUCUACUAUUUUUUCUCCUCAUUUUCCUACCCGACCAAUCUUUAGUUUCAUUACCUCCCCCUGAUCUCUCUGUCUUCUUUUUGUUCUUGUCUGGGAGGGUUGUUUGGUUCAUUGCAUCCUUCUUCUCUGUUUUUGAUCUUACUUGCUAUUCAACAGACCCAAGCAGUGUUUUAUCAAGUUCAUCUGUCUAGAAAAUCUGAAAGCUUUUCUGAUUUGAUUCGUCAACUUCGAGGUGGUCUUACUUUGCAUUUAAAGGCUUUGACUUUCUUCAAUGACACCAUUAGGAAUGAGAUUUUUUUUUAGAUAUGUUUUGACAGUUUUGUGAUCAGAUCUUGAUUGCUAUUUUUAGGAUAAAGAGAUUAAGACUUAAGUGUUUAGUUAGUGGUUUUUUGAUGGGUAAUACAUGUGUUGGACCAAGCAGAAAUGGUUUCCUUCACUCUGUUUCCGCUGCUAUGUGGCGUCCUAGAGACGCAGCAGAUGAUUCCGUUUCCCAGAGCAAUGGAGACGCUGCAAGUGAAGCUGCUGUUUCAGGAGAGCUUCGUUCUCCAUCCUCAUCCUCAUCUGAUCAAGUCCACAACAAACCUCCUCAACACCUCACAAUGCCAAAGCCAGUCGAGAUAGAGAUUCAUCCCGAAACGCAAGAGGAGACAACUAAGCCAGAGGAGGAGACACCACAACAACCACAACAAGAAGCUGAUGAUCCUCCUCCAGCUAAUAAGCCUAAGAAGCCCAAACACAUGAAGAGAGUGACCAGCGCAGGCCUCAGGACCGAGUCAGUGCUCCAGAGGAAAACCGAAAACUUCAAGGAGUUCUAUUCCCUGGGGAGGAAACUCGGACAAGGGCAGUUCGGGACGACUUUUCUAUGCGUGGAGAAGUCCACAGGGAAGGAGUUCGCCUGCAAGUCCAUCUCCAAGAGGAAGCUCCUGACCGACGAGGACGUGGAAGACGUCAGAAGAGAGAUUCGGAUCAUGCACCACCUGUCCGGUCACCCGAACGUCAUAUCCAUCAGAGGAGCUUACGAGGACGUUGUGGCGGUGCACCUCAUGAUGGAGUGUUGCGCGGGAGGCGAGCUUUUCGAUAGGAUUAUCCAGCGAGGUCAUUACACCGAGAGGAAAGCUGCUGAGCUGACUAGAACUAUUGUUGGUGUUGUGGAGGCUUGUCACUCUCUUGGUGUGAUGCAUCGUGAUCUCAAGCCUGAGAACUUUUUGUUUGUUAGUAAACAUGAAGAUUCGCUGUUGAAGACGAUUGAUUUUGGACUCUCUAUGUUCUUUAAGCCAGAUGAUGUGUUUACAGAUGUUGUUGGUAGUCCAUACUAUGUAGCUCCAGAGGUUCUGGGAAAGCAGUAUGGUCCUGAAGCUGAUGUGUGGAGUGCUGGAGUGAUUGUCUACAUUUUGUUAAGUGGAGUUCCUCCUUUCUGGGCUGAGUCAGAACAAGGCAUUUUCGAACAGGUUCUCCACGGUGAUCUCGACUUUUCAUCUGAUCCCUGGCCGAGCAUAUCUGAAAGUGCAAAAGACUUGGUGAGGAAGAUGCUUGUUAGGGAUCCCAAGAGAAGACUAACUGCACACCAAGUACUAUGUCACCCGUGGGUACAAGUGGACGGUGUGGCUCCAGACAAACCUCUGGAUUCUGCUGUACUGAGCCGUAUGAAGCAGUUCUCUGCAAUGAACAAGUUCAAGAAAAUGGCUCUUAGAGUGAUUGCGGAGAGCUUGUCUGAAGAAGAAAUAGCAGGGUUGAAAGAGAUGUUUAACAUGAUAGAUGCGGACAAAAGCGGACAGAUAACAUUCGAAGAACUGAAAGCAGGACUAAAACGAGUAGGUGCUAAUCUCAAAGAGUCUGAGAUUCUCGACUUGAUGCAAGCCGCGGAUGUGGACAAGAGUGGAACGAUAGACUACAAAGAGUUCAUAGCGGCGACGUUGCAUCUAAACAAAAUAGAGAGAGAGGACCAUUUGUUUGCAGCGUUUACGUAUUUCGACAAAGAUGGGAGCGGUUAUAUAACACCGGACGAGCUUCAACAGGCGUGUGAGGAGUUUGGUGUAGAGGAUGUCCGGAUAGAAGAAAUGAUGCGUGAUGUUGAUCAAGACAAUGACGGGAGAAUAGACUAUAAGGAGUUUGUGGCGAUGAUGCAAAAGGGAAGCAUGACGGGAGGAGGAGGUCAAGUGAAGAUAGGACUAGAGAAGAGCUUUAGCAUUGCUCUUAAACUCUAAAUAGACACUCUCAAUCUCUCUCUCUUUUUUUUCUUUUUAAAGAAGUUACAAAACCAAAAGACAAAGACAAAGAGUUUCUUCUGAUAAUAGAUAUGAUUGAUUUUGUUGUGUUGAAGACAAAUGCACAUAGUAUUCUCUUUUGGAUGAGAUUUUGUCUCACAA